ACACAUUCUUCGUCUUCACUUUCCUUCAACAGUUGAAUCCAAAGUCUCUCUCUUUCUCCCUCGUUGUGAGUAAUCUCCUUCUAUUCACUUUUCAUCGCUCGGCAAAAAUCAUGAGGCAAAAUACUAGGACAGAAACUGCCGAUACUAGUUUCUUGGGCAGCAUUUCGUCCUCAUCGAUUAGAAACCUGCUUCCUAGGUCAAUCUCUUCGAAGCAAAAAUCUUCUUCGAACCCUAGAUUUCGCAAAUCUAGUGCCGAAAACACUCCUCCCAUCGAUCCAAACAUCCAGAUUAAGGACGAUGAGCCAUCGUUGCCUGCAACAUCCAAGCUAUUAUUGUCCGAAACCCCAACUUCUCAGAAUGAAAUCACCGAAUCGUCGGUCUCAAUUGAGCAAUCAAAACGUCAAGAUCCACAUGUGAAGGUUGUUGUACGAAUUAGACCUACUAACGGCCAUUCAAAAGAGAGAGAUCAGACCAUUAGGAAGGUUUCUUCUGAUAUAUUAUGUGUUGGCGGAAGGCAAUUCACUUUUGAUUCGAUUUUUGAUGGGAACUCCAAUCAGGAAGAUGUUUUCAAGUCAAUUGGAGUUCCGUUGGUUAAGAAUGCUUUGGCUGGUUACAACACUACUCUUCUUUCAUAUGGUCAGUCUGGAAGUGGAAAGACUUAUACAAUGUGGGGUCCCCCUAGUGCCAUGGUUGAAGAGCCCUCACGUAAUAGUCACCAGGGAAUUGUUCCUCGGAUCUUCCAUAUGUUAUUUUCUGAACUUGAGAGAGAGCAAAAUGAAUCUGAAGGCAAACAGUUUAACUAUCAAUGUCGCUGCUCUUUCCUUGAGAUAUACAACGAACAAAUUGGGGAUUUACUUGACCCAGCCCAGCGGAACCUUGAGAUGAAGGAUGACUCCAAGUCCAAGAAUGCAUUGUAUGUUGAGAAUCUGACUGAAGAAUACGUCACCAGCUAUGAAGAUGUGACACAAAUUCUGAUAAAGGGCCUUUCAAGCAGAAAAGUUGGAGCAACAAGCUUAAAUUCUAAGAGCUCUAGAUCACAUAUUAUUUUUACUUGUAUCAUCGAGUCUUGGUGUAAGGGAACCUCAUUAAAUGGUUUUAGUAGUUCAAAAACAAGCAGAAUUAACCUUGUUGAUCUCGCUGGACUGGAUAAAAAUAAAGUUGACGAGGCAGGCAGACAGAAUCUAAGAGAAAGCAAGAAUGUAAAAAAGUCCCUAUCUCAGCUUGGGCACGUAGUGGAUGCUCUAGCUAAAGAAACUCAGUUUGGAAAGGCUGGAGACAUUCCAAAUGGAAGAUCCUGUUUGACUCGUUUACUGCAAGAAUCACUUGGUGGAAAUGCUAUGCUCUCAGUUAUCUGCUCCAUUUCCCCCCAUAGCAAGAGUAAUGGGGAGACACUACGAACUCUCAGAUUUGGACAGAGAGUAAGAUCUAUAAGAAAUGAGCCAGUUAUCAAUGAAAUUAAGGAGGAUGAAGUUAACGAUUUGAGCGAUCAAAUUCGACAGCUGAAGGAAGAACUUAUUAGAGCUAAGGCUGAUGCCUACGGCUUAACUGGGGGUAAAAACGGGGAUUUCCGGGGACGUAAUGUGCGGGAAAGCUUGAAUCAAUUGAGGGUUAGCUUAAACCGCUCAUUACUUUUACCUCACAUAGAUGAUGAUGAUGAUGCUAAUGAAGUGGUAAAUGUGGGUGAGGAUGACAUAAAGCAAUUGCGCCAGCAAAUUGAUGAACUGUAUAGUUCAUGUGAAGGAACUUUUAAAGACUUAUCAGCAAGUGAAGAUUGUGCCCAGUUUUUUUCUGUAGACGACAAUUGUGAGGAGGCCAUGACAAGUGGUGAUGAAAUCGAAAAAGAUGAAGUAAAUUCUGAAAAAACAUUAAAAAAUCUAGCAUCAACUGAUAAACUUGAUUCCACUGUUGAUACAUCAAGAGCAAUUAAAUCUACAUUCAGCGAUGGCAUUCCAGUCAUCUCUUGCUGUCAAUCUCCAAUCCUUGAUGAACCAAUGUUAUCAGAGUCUCCAAAAAUAAAAAAUAUCCAGAGGAAAAGCAUCGCUGUUUCGUCAAGUCGUCUUGGAAGUUGGAACAAGGUAUCUGAGAGUUCCAGUUUUAGUAAUGAAGUGUCAGGCCAAUCAUCCGAACAAGGUGAACUUCGGAGAUCCUCCUUGAGGUCAAGCAAGGUUUUAGCAGGCGCUACUGAAUCCUUGGCAGCAAGCCUUCAGAGAGGCUUACAAAUUAUUGACCAUCACCAGCGGAACGCAGCUUUGAACAAGUCUUCAGCUUCCUUCUCGUUUGAGUACUUGACCUUGACGCCAUGUCCAGAGAGUGACAAGGUCGGUUCUUCUAUGCAUACAAUACAGGAGAGAUCUUCUGGUGACAAUGCAUCUGCCUCUUUACUUUGUGCAUCUUGCCGGAAAAACAUAUCUGAUCAAGAGUCCAUUGAGGUUCAAGAUAGUUUGAAGUCAUCUCUUGACACCGUUGAAGAAGCAGGAUUUUCUGAUGGGCUAACAGAUAGAGAUCCAAAGAAUUUGGAAGUUGUAAAGGAAAAAUCCACCAAGAGAGAGGAGCUUGAAGAUGUCUGCAAGGAGCAAGCAAUUAGAAUUGAGCAACUAAAUCAAUUGGUGGAGAAAUACAGAGGAGAAAGUGAAAGCGACAUAACGUGUGAAGUUAAAGAAGUUGAGGAAGAGUUAGAUCAAAGAGACAGCUCUUUUGAUGCUACUGAGAAGGAAGCUCUUCUUAAGGAAAUUCAGAAUCUAAGAAGCAAACUGCCGUUGUGUAGUGAUGCACCAGUUAAAAAGUCAACAGACAAACUGAGAUCUUCAUUAAUAUCAAGAUCCAUACAACUGAGAAAAAGUGGUGUAUUUUCUCAUGAUAAUGGUGGGGAAGGGCUCGAAAAAGAAAGAGAAAGAUGGACUGAAAUGGAGAGUGAGUGGAUUUGUCUCACUGAUGAACUGAGAGUUGACCUUGAGUCCUACCGGCAGCGUGCAGAGAGGGUGGAGAUGGAACUGAAGCUAGAAAAGAAGUGCACUGAAGAGUUGGAUGAUGCACUAAAAAGAUCCGUUCUUGGACAUGCAAGAAUGGUAGAACACUAUGCUGAUCUACAGGAAAAAUAUAAUGACUUGGUUGCAAAGCACAAUGCCAUAAUGGAAGGGAUAGCAGAGGUGAAGAAAGCAGCAGCAAAGGCAGGAAAGAAGGGUCAUGCUCGCUUUGCCAAAGCUCUUGCUGCUGAGCUUUCCGCCCUGAGGGUGGAAAGAGAAAGAGAGCGAGACUUUUUGAAAAAGGAGAACAAGAGCCUUAGGAUUCAGCUUAGAGACACUGCAGAAGCUGUCCAUGCAGCUGGAGAGCUACUUGUUAAACUCAGAGAAGCUGAGCAAGCUGCAUCUGUUGCGGAGGAGAAUUUUUCGAAAGUACAAGAAGAGAAUGAAAAGUUGAGAAAGCAAAUGGAGAAGCUCAAGAGAAAACACAAAAUGGAGACGGUGACCAUGAAACAGUACCUGGCAGAUAGCAAAUUACCAGAAUCUGCAUUGAAGCCACUAUACAGAGAGGAUUCUGAUGUUGUAAACCAUAAUGCAAUCCCCUAUCCAAAUGAUGACCAAUCAUGGAGGGUAGAAUUUGGGGCAAUCUAUCAAGAGCAUCUGUAGUCAGUAGUGGCUUGUUGUUUGAUUAUUUGAUUUCAUAAGCAAUUCAUCAACAUGGCAGUGGGUUAUGCAGAUUCUUUGUGCAGAUUCAUUGGUAGUAGCUAGCCUGGCAUCAGAUCCUACUUGGAUCAAAAGCAGUUUUUAUGGCCAUUAUAUUCGUUUUUUUUUUUUUAGGUAUUCUUUAUUUAUUGUUGUUGUUUGCUUCAGUACGAUGUGUGACCAUUAUUGGUUUUCUAUGUUUUGAAUGAAACAACGAUGCUUCUAUCAA